AUGAGAGUGUGCAUUAAGUUUGCAUGUUUUUUUUCAUCUUCAGGUUACUUCCAAGACGAAGAGGAUUUGAAAGGUGACAGCAUAAAGGAUGAAGAGGAGGAAGAUGAUGACAGCACCUCCACCGCCCAUCUCCAGGACAGCGCGUACUCUCCUACCGAUGAGGAACAAGAGGUAGCUGGGGAGCCAAAGAGAAGCUUGAGCUUUCACGGCUCCCCGGCAAGUCACACGUGCAACCAAGAUGGAGAAAACGAAUCCUUACUAAGUGAUGCCAGCGACCAGGUCGCGGACAUGAAGAGCUUAUCAUCUCCUAAAGAUGCUCAGGACCAAAAAACAAGCCAACAACCCAGGCUGCAAGCAGAGGCCCAGGACUGCAUCAAUAAAAUGAAGAUGUCCUAUGCCAACAUAUUAUCUGACUCCUAUUGGACAAACUUAGGACUGAGUCUUAAGGUGCCUCAUGCCGACAGAAAAGCACGUGACAGCUGUAACGGAACCAGUAAAGGAGAUUUUGACUGGCAUCAGGAUGCCCUUUCCAAAAGUCUACAGCAAAACCUACCUGCGAAAUCCAUUUCCAAGCCGAACCUUUUCAGCUCUGUCCAGCUGUACCGGCAAAACUCAAAAAUGUACAGCACAGUUUUCACGGGGGCUAGCAGGUUUCGCUGUAGACAGUGCAGUGCUGCGUACGAUACCUUGGUGGAACUUACCGUGCACAUGAAUGAUUCGGGCCAUUAUCAAGAUGACAACCGCAAGAAAGACAAGCACAGACCAGUCAGUUACUCAAAGCCUAGAAAACGGGCAUUUCAGGACAUGGACAAAGAGGACGCACAGAAAGUUUUAAAAUGCAUGUUUUGUGGUGACUCGUUUGACUCACUUCAAGAUCUAAGUGUCCACAUGAUAAAAACGAAACAUUACCAAAAAGUGCCUUUGAAGGAACCCAUUCCAAGCAUCUCAUCUAAAAUGGUCUCUGCGAAAAAACGAGUGUUCGAAGUGACCCGACCGUGCUCACCGGAUUCCACCACAGGUUCCUUUGUGGAACACUGUAGCACGCAGAAAAAUUCCAACGCCCAGCUGCCCUCCAACAACCGCUAUGGAUAUCAGAAUGGUGCCAGCUAUACUUGGCAGUUUGAAGCCUGCAAGUCUCAAAUUCUAAAGUGCAUGGAAUGUGGUAGUUCUCACGACACUUUGCAGCAGCUCACCACACAUAUGAUGGUCACUGGACAUUUCUUGAAAGUUACUAAUUCAGCCUCAAAAAAGGGCAAGCAGCUGGUUUUGGACCCACUAGCUGUAGAAAAGAUGCAGUCCCUCUCGGAUUCCCCAUCGAGCGACAGUCAGUCAAAGCCAUCCGCAAGCUCUCCUUCGGGGGGAUCAACAUCUGAAAUGAUGACCAGCAAAGAAUGUAAAGCGGACAAUUUAGAAGAGGGUAGCAAAGAUGAAAAAGUAGACACGAGCGAGGAGCAUAGAGACAGUCUAGAAAAGCCUUUAGAUCCAACAUUGAAAUACCAGUACUUAAGAGAAGAAGAUUUGGAAGAUGCUUCAAAGGAAGGAGGUGACAUUCUGAAAUCUUUAGAAAACACAGUAACCUCAGCGAUUAACAAGGCCCAAAAUGGAACUCCAAGCUGGAGUGCGUAUCCCAGCAUCCAUGCUGCAUACCAAAUUUCAGAUGUCAUGAAACCUUCUAUGUCCCUUAAUUCUCAAGUAAUGCAGAUGAGGUCCUCCUUCUCAAAUAAGUUUAGGCCUAUUGCUCCUAAAGGCAAAUCUCUUCCCUCAAGCACUCCUCCCGAACCACAAUCUACACACGUUAAAGAGGAAUCUGAGGAUGCAGAAUUAGAAAAAGAACCAACACAAGAAAUUAAGAUGGAUGUAAUGCCAACAGACAAAAAUGAAGAGUCACCCAAAACCUUAGACUUGCUGGAGACAAUAAAAGAACCAAACAGCUCACCAAGACCAGAGGAAAAGAUAAAGCAGAACUGUGAAAAGGAGAAGGCAAAGUUCCUGGAGCCAUUGGAGUCUUCACCAGGAAGUGAAGACUGUUCAACACUGAGGAGUUCUGCAAAUUGUUCCCCUGAUAUCCCAUGUGUAAACCCUCUCAGUGCUUUGCAGUCUGUUCUAAACAAUCACCUAGGAAAAGCCUCUGAAUCACUGAGGUCACCUGGAAGUUCCAAUUCCUCAAGCCUGGUCACCGUGUUUCAGAAGCCUCCUGUGAACCGAGUGGAGAAACCAGCUGUAUGUCUUACUCCACCACGGUCUAAAGCCCAAUAUUUAUUUGAAGCGAGUGACCAGCCCAUUGACCUUACCAAAUCUAAGAAUAAAAAGGCUGAGUCGGCUAAAGCCAAGUCUUGCACGUCUCCACCUCAGAAGCACGCUCUGUCAGACAUAGCUGAUAUGGUUAAAAUUCUUCCAAAAGCUACAACCCCAAAGCAUGUAUCUUCUGGAAGAAUGGGCCACAUGAAACUAGACAUGGACUCUAGGCACGUUGACAUUGUCUCCACGGAGGUCUCAUCACUGCAUAAAAGAAAGGGAAGACAAUCUAACUGGAAUCCUCAACAUCUCCUCAUUUUACAAGCCCAGUUUGCCUCCAGUCUCUUCCAGACGUCAGAGGGAAAAUAUUUGUUAUCGGACCUGGGACCUCAAGAACGGAUGCAGAUUUCAAAGUUUACUGGACUGUCCAUGACAACGAUCAGCCAUUGGUUGGCCAAUGUCAAAUAUCAGCUUCGGAAGACUGGCGGGACAAAAUUUUUGAAAAACAUGGAUAAAGGACACCCCGUGUUUUACUGCAGUGACUGUGCAUCUCAGUUUAGAACCCCCUCCAGCUACAUAGGCCACUUAGAGACCCAUCUUGGAUUCCAGAUGAAAGACAUGAACAGACUGAGUGUUGAGCAGCAAACCAAGGUCGAAAAGGAGAUCUCACGAGUAGCUGUUCAGCAGUCCCCUCAACCCGUAGCUGGGGAUGAGGAUACGGACUCUAAGUUUAAAUGUAAAUUGUGUUGUCGGACAUUUGCCAGCAAACACGCGGUCAAGCUGCACUUAAGCAAAACACACAGCAAGUCCCCGGAACAUCAUUCACAGUUUGUAGCUGAGGUUGACGAGGAGUAA